CGAGAAGAAGCGACUCUUUUGGCGCCUUGGAACUUGGGCGAAAGGAUGGUGCCCGGAUUUUCUCUUUGCACUGGAGUUGUUAGAGGAUGGCUCGAAGGUUGUCAGAGGCUGGGCAGGAACAAGAGCUCCACGAAGAGGGACAUAUGAAGGGUACGGUGCUGAGUUGAAACUGUCGUGAAGUGACCUUGCUAGAUCGUCAUCAUUUUCUGUAUCCUAAACCCUAAAAUGGAUGCCGACAGUAUGAAGACCUUCAUGAGGAAGUACUUCCCUUCUUGGCACUUUAUACACAACCUUGCCCAGCUUUCAGGUGGAAGGAUGCUUCUUAUCUGGAACCCUCAAAUGGCUAAGGUUGAUAUCGUGAAAACAGAAAAGCAGGUCAUUCACACAAGAAUCAGGUGUGCUCUUACUUUGAACGAGUUCAACUAUUCUAUUGUUUAUGGCCUCUACACUGACAAGGAACGGGACCAGAUUUGGAGCUCGAUUUUUACUUUUUGUGGACAGGUGGAACUCUAUCUCAUCAGUGGGGACUUCAACUGUGUCAUGUCUCCGGAAGAAAGAACCGGAGGAACAAGACGCACACCAAACAAGGAAUCCAAAGAGUUGGUUGCUACAUGUGCGUUGCUUGGUCUGCAGGAUGUUACAGCCACAAGCUGUGAAUUCACUUGGACGAAUGGACGGGUUUUUAGUAAGAUUGAUAGGAUCAUGGUGAACGAGGGAUGUCACAACGCGGGCUACCUCAUUUCAGCUCGUUUCCCUCCACCGGGAGCUAGAACAGACCACUCUCCUGUCAUCGCCUCCCUUUUCGGAGAAUUGAGGUCCUUUCAUAAACCCUUCAAAUAUUUCAAUUUCUGGCUAACUCACGCAGGGUUUGAGCCACUUUUGAGAGAUCAUUGGAGGAUACCUAUCCAAGGAUGCAAGCAAUUCGUUCUUAUGCAAAGGGGAAAGGAAUUCAAGAAGAUGCUCAAGUCUUUCAACUUCAAGGAGUUCAGCAACCUUUCGCAGAGAGUCAAGGAUCUCACCAUGGAAUUAGAGGAUCUUCAGAUCGCAGCUGACAGAGACACCGGGAAUGUAGAAAUUCAGUACCGUAUUGAAAGAACAGGAGGCGGGAGAGAUGUUAAACAGACGGUUGUGUACGUGUGA